CUCCUCCGCCUUUCAACUUUUUUCAUCUUUCUGCUCGUGAAUCCCAAUGGCCUCAUCUCACCAACCCAAGGACUUUGAUGUUUUCUUGAGUUUCCGAGGUGAAGAUGUUCGCCAUGGUUUUGUAAGUCAUUUACAUAAGGCUCUGACUCAACAAGGUAUUCAAACCUUCAUUGAUGAUAAUCUCCCUAGGGGAGAAAACAUUUCUGAAGAGCUUCUCAAAGUCAUUGAAAACUCAAGUGCAUCAAUAAUUGUAUUUUCUAAAAACUAUGCAUCCUCUAGUUGGUGUUUGGAUGAACUUGCAAAAAUUAUUGAGUGUAACAAAAAAGUGCUACCAGUUUUCUAUCAAGUAGAUCCAUCUGAAGUUCGUAAGCAAAUAGGGGAUUUUGGAAACGAACUGACUGAGCUUGAAAAAAAAAUUGAAGAUAAGACAAAGGUACAAAGGUGGAGGGACGCUUUAAGUGAAGCAGCCAAUAUUUCUGGUUGGGACGACAAAAACAGUUGCAAUGAAUCUGAACUUGUGCAAAAAAUUGUUGAAGAGAUCUUAAAUUUCGAAUUCAUUCAGAUGCCAUCAAAUGUUGCUACAAUGCAGCUGGUUGGAAUAAAUUCUCACAUAGAGGCCCUAACAACACUUUUAGAUAUUGAAUCAAAUGAUGUUCGCAUGGUAGGGAUCACUGGCCUUGGUGGAAUAGGCAAAACUACAAUUGCAAAAGCUAUUUAUAAUAGCUUUUCAAAUCAUUUCAAAGCAAAAAGUUUUGUAGAAAAUGUUAGAGAGUGGUCAAAGACAGAGGAAGGCAAAAUACGUUUACAAGAGGCACUUCUUAAGGGUAUCUCAGAGGAUAAGAAUUUGAGGGUGAGUACUAUAUAUGAAGGAAUCACAAGGAUAAAUAGAAUUCUUCGCCUAAAAAAGGUUCUUAUCAUUCUUGAUGACGUGGAUAAUGUCGACCAGAUAGAAACAUUGCUCGGACAAUGUGAAGGCUUUGCAUUUGGAAGUAGAAUCAUUCUGACAACAAGAUAUAAAAGCUUGCUAGUUAAUCGAAAUGGUCUUUCAACCUAUGACUAUGGGGUUAAGGAAUUAGAUGAAGAUGAAGCUAUUGAAAUCUUUCGUAAGCAUGCCUUCCCAAGAAAUGAAGUCCCUGAAGAUUAUUUGGAACUCGAGAAACAAGCUAUAAGUUAUGCCAAAGGCCUUCCUCUAGCUCUAAAAGUAAUGGGUCGUGAUUUGUGUGAGAAAACUAUACAUGAAUGGGAUGAUGCGUUAGAUUGUUAUAAAAAAAAUCCUCCUAAAGAUAUUCAAAAUAUACUAAAAAGAAGUUAUGAAGGAUUACCCGAAAAUGAAAAGAAUAUUUUCCUUGAUAUUGCAUGUUUCUUCAAGGGAUAUGACAUGAGUUAUAAUAUGAUUAAGGAUGUACUGAAAGCUUGUGGUUUAAACCCAGUAUAUGGUAUUCGAAAUCUUAUUGAUAAGUGUCUCUUGACUAUUGAUCAAGAUAAUUAUUAUUUGUCGAUGCACGACUUAUUACAACAAAUGGGUAUGGACAUUGUUCGACAAGAAGCACCACUAAAGCCUGAGGAACGUAGCAGACUAAGGUGUUAUAAGGAAGCUCUUGAUGUAUUAACUGAAGAUAUGGGUUCAGAUAAAAUUCGAAGCAUAAUAUUGUGGCCGCCUAAAUCAGAACAAGUAAAGGUGCAAAUAAAGGCACAAUUUUGUAAGAUGAAAAAUCUUAGAUUGCUUUUGAUUCGUAAUGUACAUUGUUGCAAUGGACCCCUUGAAUGUCUUCCCAAUGGAUUAAGCUUGCUUGAUUGGCGUGAAUAUCCAUUUUCUUCGUGGCCAUCUAAUUUUUUCCCUAAAAAACUGAUUGUGCUCAACAUGCCUUUAAACCAAUUAAAGGAACCAUUCAAGCAGAAUUUUGUAUCCGUUACAUAUGUGGACUUCAGAUGGUGCAAGCUGAUGAUGAAAAUACCUGACUUAUCAAUGACCCCAAACAUAACGCUAUUGAAACUUGAAGGGUGUAAAAAUUUAGUUGAGAUUGAUGACUCCGUGGGGCGUCUUGAUAAGCUUAAAGUGUGGGACCUUGGCAGUUGCGAUAAACUUGAAACUCUUCCGAACUGUCUCACGAUGAAAUCUCUUAAAUCUUUUAAUCUGGAAGGAUGUGAGAGGAUUAAGAAGUUCCCAAAUAUCUUGCACGAAAUGAAAGGUGUUGAAUAUUUAGAUCUUCAGGGGAACUAUACUAAUGAAUUGCCUCCGUCAUUUGGGAAUUUGAUUGGGCUUAAGGGCUUAACUAUAUCAUCGAAUUCAGGAAAGGCACAUCUUCCGGGUAGCAUCUAUAAUUUACAACAUAUAGAGAGCCUUGAACUUACUGGCGAUUUCAUAUUUCCAAAGAAUGUGGAGAUUGAUAGACAGCCAGUGUGCAACCCUCUUGGUUGCUCUUCCAAAUAUGUUUUUCCAAUGUUGAAAAGACUACGUCUUUUUCGCUAUGAAAUUUGCUCAGAAAUAGAAUUUAUAUUGAAUUGUUGUUGCCCCCUCACACUGGAAGAGUUAGAAAUCCACAGAAGCAAAGUUCUCACCCUCCCAAAAAGCAUGAGCAGAUGUGAGAGAUUACAUAAGCUUAUUAUUAGAUAUUGCAAUAAGUUGCGGGAAAUCCUAGGGCUUCCGCAUAGUAUAAGACGUGUAGAAGUAGAAGGUUGCCGCUUGCUGGAUUUACAAUCAUUCUUUCAGCCACUUCCACCAAAUCUACCACCAUGUUUAGGUGUAACAAGCCACAUGAUAAUGCUUCCACGCUCAUUUACAAUGCUUCCAAUUUGGCAAAACCGCCUUUGUGAAUAUAGUUUUGAGUUAAUAGGAGAUGAGAAUGAUAUUCCAAAUUGGUUCAACCAUCAAAGGGAUGGAAAUUUAAUAGAAUUCUCGAUUGGUCCUGAAUUUCCAACAAUUGCUCUCUGCGUUGCUUUUGGAAUACAAGAUUAUCGUGAUUUUGAUUAUUGUGUCUUCGUUUCCAUCAAUGGUAGUGAACGAAUGUUUGAAAGAAAAUUCAUUGAAAUAGAUUGGAGCUUUGGGCAUCUAUGUUUUUCUUGCAGACCUCAGAGCUCAUUUCAGGAACUAUUUCGGGACUUGCAACUAACUGAUCGGAAUCAUGUUCAGAUACACUGUGAAACUGCUUUCCCUCAUGAUCCUUCAUCCAAAGAAAUUGCUCCUAUCGUUAAAAGGAUAGGAGUCCAUGUAGAAUGCAAUUGUAUCUCUCAAGACAUUAACAGGCACCGAUCAUCGUCAGUGGCCCAGCCUUUAAAAAAGAGAAACAAGACAAAGAAAAAUUAUUGUUGCAUAGAGUGAAGAGGUUUCUGAUGGAGAUGCAAUGUAGAUUUCGACGAUGAAGACCCCAAUUUGAUGAUUGGCUGAGGGCUUGGAAUAAGUUUUUUUAAGGUCUAUUGGACAAUUUUAAUGACUUGAUCCAUUCAAAGAAGAUAAAAAAAGAAAAUAGAAAGAACAUUUUUGCAGUUGAUUUGGCUGGUCAAAAUGGACUUCAGCUUGUAUCUCCACUAUGACAUUCUCAGAUCCUAUGCUGAAAAGGACGAUUGCAAGAGCAGCAAGAGGCAUUCUUAUUGUGUUUCAGGUGGGAAAGGAAAUUGAGAUUUCAAACUUCAUUAUAGACGAUCCCUGCAUCAUCUUCUAUUGGAAAUUUAACUGAGCUUGGUUAUCUUAGUUUU